AUAUGCUGAUUAAAAUUGUUUAACAUAAAAGGAGUAAAUCAGUGACUUGCAGUCGUGAUAUUUUUUUCAGGACAGUCAAUAUUUUCCGCUGCGAUGGACACUGUCGAUCCGUCACGAGUCGAUGGUUCUGCCCACUGGGAAGAUCCCAGUGAAAAACAGUCAUUUGACGAAGUAUUUUACUUAAAACUGGACGGUUUGAUGCACAGACACCGGGUGUGUGUUGUUUUUUUUGAAGCGUGUUUGAUGUUUGUGAUUAUUGACCGGUGAGCAGCGGCUGUCCUCACACUAACGCCCGCCGGUUGAUGCUCCGAGAGCAGCCCGUGAAGAGCACCAGGAUGAGCGUGGAGGUUCCGGCGGGUCUGACCGACCUGCUGAAGGGAUACACGCUGGAGGUGUUGAAGCAGAGGCCCGCGGACCUGCUGGAGUUCGCGGUGCAGUACUUCACCUGCCUGAGGGAGCGGCGGAGCUCCACCCGCGGCAGCAGCAGCCGCUCCCCGGUGACCCGCGGCGUGGCCUUCGACCAGGAUUCCGCGCCGACCGACUCCAGCGAGGAGCAAGAGGAAGAGGAGAAGGUGGAGGAGGAAGAAGAGGAAGAGGAAGAUGACUUUCCAGAUGAUUUCACUUUCAAAGCUCCUCCUCCCAGUAAAUGCAACAGACGGGUAUCAGUGUGUGCGGAGGCUUAUAACCCCGAUGAAGAUGAAGACGAGGGCAGUGAGUCGCGGGUGAUUCACCAUAAAACGGAGGCACAGCGUCAGCGUCUGCAGGAGGCCUGCAAGGACAUACUGCUGUUCAAGACGCUGGAGCAGGAUCAGUUCGCAGAGGUGUUAGACAGCAUGUUUGAGGUGUUGGUCAAACCGCACGAGUGCAUCAUCAAUCAGGGGGAUGAUGGCGAUAACUUCUACGUCAUCGAGAGGGGUGUGUUUGAUAUCCUGAUUCAGAAGGACGGCGUCAGCCGCUGUGUGGGUAGCUAUGAUAAUAAAGGCAGCUUCGGGGAACUCGCCCUCAUGUACAACACGCCGCGCGCCGCCACCAUCAGGGCCGCUCAGGAGGGGGCGCUGUGGGCGCUGGACAGAGCCACGUUCCACAGACUCAUAGUGAAGAAUAAUGCCAAGAAGAGGAAGAUGUACGAGCGCUUCAUCGAGAGCGUGCCGCUGCUGAAGUCCCUGCAGCUCUCCGAGCGCAUGAAGAUCGUCGACGUCCUGGGGAUGAAGAGCUUCAGAGACGGAGAGCUGAUCAUACGGCAGGGCGAUUCGGCCGACUGCUUCUACAUCGUGGAGUCUGGAGAAGUCCGGAUCAUGAUCAGGAGCAGAACUAACGCAGGUCAGAGGUCAAAUCAGGAGGUGGAGGUGGCGCGCUGCACGCGGGGCCAGUACUUCGGCGAGCUGGCGCUGGUCACCAAUAAACCCAGAGCGGCGUCAGUGUACGCGGCAGGAGACACCAAGUGUUUAGUGAUCGACGUGCAGGCGUUCGAGCGUCUGUUGGGUUCCUGUAAGCAGAUCCUGAAGAGGAACAUCACACAGUACGAGCAGCAGCUGGUGGCCGUGUUCGGAUCCAGCGUCGACCUCAAACACUGACCUUCACCAGCCUCCAAUGCUUUACAGUUCAGUUACGCUCUACGUACAACAUGCUCUCGAUUACAACAGAAAAUACGGCACAUUUAUAUAUUCUCACUUUCCAUAAAAGCAUCUGCAAAUGAUGCAGCUGAUAGUUCAACUCAUCUCGUGAUCCUGUAUGGACAGUAAACAGUACGAGACGCAACAAUAAAGCUGUUUACAUGGAUCAAACCCUGAAGGAACACCACCAGAAUUCAUCAUCUUAAGACAGAAUCAGAAACACUUCAGUAGAAACACUUCACAUUUGUACUCUUCAAUCUGGAACGUCUCAGAUUUCCAGUUUACAAAAAGCAGAAAUCACGUUUGUACACAGAGAAGUUAUUUUCUGUAGUAACAGACAUGAGGUACACAGAGCUUCAGAUGUUUCCAUCCCAAACAGUGGCGGUUCGUGGGUUUUAAAAUAGAGGAGGCAUGCUAAAUUCUAGUGGUCUGGGGAUCCCCUGCUGAUUAUUAUUAUUAUUAUUAGCUUAACUGCUUUUAAUUGGCUUUUUUCUCAUUUAGACAGAAAAUGACAUAUACAGCAAGAUAAUACAAAUAUAAUUUCACUCACCUAUCACUUGAAGCAAACAUCCAUCCCUCCUUAUAUGUCUGUGUUAAAAGAGCGCGUUGGGCCGUUUAGUAAAGCUGGCUGCUGUAGCCUAUAUUUGCAACUUAUGCGUGGAGUCUUCCUUCAUUUUUAAUUUGUAGAUACUGUUUGAAUGAUAGCUUGGUAAAAUAGUUGGCGAUCAAAUAGUCAAUAUUGCUACUCUCCAUAAUUAUAAUACUUGGUAGAUUAUCAGCGAUAGCAGUUCAAAACUAUUAUCACGUUAUUCACAAAAUUUACAUUUCUACGAUGAUUGGUUGAUAUACCAAGGGAGGCUAGCCUCCCCUGCGAUGUAUCUUUUCUCAACUCUCCUAAGCAUUGAAUGUAAAACACUCGAUGGUGAUUGGCUAAUUUUUUACCAACUGAGGCACAAGACGAGCUCGGCUCAUGUGCCUCCCCUUCUCUUUCCCCUGCGGUUGUAAUGACAUCGGCAGAUUCGGCACAUUCGUGAAAGAACAGCGGUGCUUUCGAUUUCAGUAACAUGACGGUGUUACAGCAGUGAAAUUACAAACAAAAAAUACACAUUCUGAGACAUAAAAUGAAACGAAUAACUGGGUAUUUUAUUAACAUUAAAUCAUCCUUUCUCCCAUUUUCUCCUUAAAAUUUUGGGUAGGCUGUGCCUCCCCUGAUGAGCCGCCAUUGAUCCCAAACAAACGUUCCUUAGAUUCCUUGUUUUCCAAGUGACGUAGAUACUCAUCUUGAUAUAUUUCUCAUCUUGAUAUAUUUUCUAAAAACACCACUGAUUUAUACAACUGUUAGUCUUGAUAUUUACCCUUCAUUACACUCAGUGUAUU